AUGCUAGCCUUUGGUCGCUCCGCAAUGCAGAUCAAGAAUUAUGACUCCAGGCGAAGAACGAUUCUCGUGUUAUUGCUGGUCGUACAACUGGUUGUUCUAACGCCAGGUGUUGCACAAGUCACGCAGACAUGUUCAUUUGAAAAACUAGUGACCAUCUCUCUGGAUGUGAAAUCUAAUGCAUCCGGACCCACAAUUGUCCACGGACGUGUUGAACAGCUGGCUUCCAAUACACAAUGGACCCUGGGGGUGGAGUUCGGGGCUACAAUGUGCUCAGGAGCCGAUCAACCUCGUAGCAAGGUCAUGUAUUUUACGCUUACAGAACGGAAAACCUCGCAAGCAGCAACCCUGCCCGCAGACACGGCGGCCCGGAAGCUGCUUCCGCCCGGCUACACGUGGCGGGCGGGCGUGGACGCGGUGCGGGCGUCGGCGGCGCCGCUGGCGUGGGGCGCGGCGCGCGCGGCGUGCGAAGCGGAGGGCGCGCUCCUCGCCACGGUCUCAUCCCCUGCAGAGGCGCGCCUGCUGUGGCGCGUGGCCCGCGAGCUCGAGGUCCGCCCGCCCGCGCCGGCGCCCGUGCCCGGCGUCUGGUACGGCGCGUCCGACCACGAGCGCGAGGCGCACUUCCUCACCGUCGCAGGUGUCCCUCUAAAUGACACUGGUUUUGCUUCAUUUCAAGCUCUCACACCGAAUGGAGGAAAACAGGAGAAUUGCCUUUUUAUGAAUAAAGACAAUGGGUUACUUGACGACGGAGUAUGCGAUUGGCUGCUUGGGUACAUAUGCAAACAUUCUUUGUAAAAUAAUCUACAUAAAAUAAGAUGCAAAUACUGAUUUUUUAAGAGAGUCACUGAUUGCAAAACUAUAUGGUAAAUUCCUUUUGGCAGAAAGUUUAUAGUUUGAAGUUCACGAAGAGAAUAAACGGUCAGCUACCUUUAUUGUCACUCAAAUGCUUACUAUUAUACCAUUUCUGCCGUAGAAAUAUAUAACUACAUUAUAUUAAAAUUACUAAUUAUUGCCCAAAAAUUACAUGUGGAUUGAUAUAACUAUUUUUCUACGCAGUAUAUAAUGAAAAACUUAACGGAUGAUGAGACAAAAUUAACACUAUUCGGACAGAGCUGGGUGAAGAUCUCUAAAGAAAAUAAUUUCUUGAAAUUGUUCUGGAGUGUGAAAUUAACAAGUUUUUGUUAACUUCAUCGUGUUAAUUCUCAUUCAUGUGUAAUGAUUUAUUAUUAAUAAAUAAUUCCUAAAAUAAAACAUUUGAAUUGCAGUUUAGAUCAUUG